GCUUUAUGGUUAUGGGCCGGAGGCGAACGACAACCCUUGUGCUUGGCCCAGGAUGUCUCACCCCGGCUGCACCCCCGGCGGAGGCGGCGGCGCGACGGCGGCGGCUACGUGGACGCCGCCGUACUGCACCAUCGUGGCGGCCGACAUGUCCGACUUCUCGUACCUGGCCUGCCCGGCAUGCUGCCGCCGCGCGCACCCGGGUCACCCCGAGGGCGUCUCCUGCGCCGCCUGUGGCGGCCCCGCCCCGGAGCUCGUCUACCGCCUGCUCCUCUCCGUCGCCACGCACGACCGCGUCCUCCCCGUCGUCCUCUUCGACCGCGCCGCGCGCACUCUGCUCGGCUGCCCCGCCGACGAGCUCGCGCGCCUCUUCGCGGCGCACCGGGGCGCCGCGCGCGCCGCGGCGGACGCCCUGCAGGGGGAGAUGUGCCGCCUGGCGCUGCGCGAGCCCGCGAGGGACGGCGCCGAGCACCUCCGCGCCGUCUCGGUCGCCCCGCUCCGCGACGGGUUCCGCCCGGUCGUGGAUGCCCUCAGGACGCUGUACUCGCGCGGCUGACCGCCAUGCUUAGAUGUGUUCGACGAAAUGCUUCGAUGUGUUAUGUAGUGCACCAAGUGUAUCCAUCAAUGUUCUCUGUAAAGCUCUCUUUCUGCAAGAUUAUGGCCCAGCUUUCAGGAGCAUUUUCUGUUUAAUUAUCUGAUCGAAUUGUUUAGCUCA